CUUGAGUUUUCCUUUAGCACUCUAUCACGAUGGCUGACGAGCACCAUGAGACCUUCGAGUCCGCCGACGCUGGCGCCUCCGCCACCUUCCCCAUGCAGUGUUCCGCUCUGAGGAAGAACGGUCACGUCGUCAUCAAGGGCCGCCCUUGCAAGAUUGUCGACAUGUCCACCUCCAAGACCGGAAAGCACGGUCACGCCAAGGUCCACAUCGUCGCUCUCGACAUCUUCACUGGCAAGAAGCUUGAGGAUCUGUCUCCUUCCACCCACAACAUGGACGUCCCCAACGUCGCCCGCAAGGAAUACCAGCUCCUCGAUGUCACUGACGAUGGCUUCCUUUCCCUGAUGGAUGACAACGGUGGCACCAAGGACGAUGUUAAGGUCCCUGAUGGUGAGGUUGGUGAUAGAAUUAUCAAGAUGUUCCGUGAGGAGGAGAAGGACUGCAAUGUCGUUAUCUUGACCGCCAUGGGUGAGCAGUGCUGCAUGGAAGUCAAGGAGGCUCCCAAAUAAGUAAUCACGGUGUCUAUGUACCGCCGCGUCAGCCUUGCGUGCGUUAACGGCGUGGCUCUUGUUUCCCCUUAUAACUAGAGGAUGAUGCUACGUUUUGGGCGGAGUAUGGCAUGACUGUUACUUCUUUAAUCAGUGUAGCCUUGGGUGUGCUUUGUGCGAGCAGACUUAGUUGCGUUUAAUUGGCAGGUUCAAGCAUGCCUGGUCAUCGGGACAGUCCUUGAGUCCCGCACUCUCACGAUAGUUUGACGAACAAAAAA